CGGGGGACGUGAGGCCUCCUGAGCCGUCCCGGCUGCUGGCGAACCUCCACAGCCUUACGUUUCUAAGUUAACGUUUACGUGGGAUUUCACUGCGAUAACUGCUGAUGGUGUUGCUCUGUCUCCUUGGCAGCGGUGUUUCCAAGGAUUUACGACUGGGGGGAAACCAGUUAAACGGAAGUUUGUCACAGGUUGAAAGAUAUGAGGGAACCAAGGAAACCUUCUGACUCGACUAGGAUGAGGGCAGGAAGAAAAAAAACUGUGUUUUUUGCCUAGCUUCAUCAGAGUUGCCUGUCUGCAUACAACAUACUCAUCUUUAUUGUAACCAACAAAUCGUAAGCUGAAAACCUGUAAAGCAUCUCCUCUAGAAAGAAAGAUACCCUCAUCUUGGAUGGAUGUCCUCACAGUCUUAAGAUACUGAUUUUUGUGAAGAAAAGAUGUUACUGUUUCUUGUUUUCAUAAGAGGCAGAAAGGACUCAUAGAAAAGCAUUUUGAAACUGAAGCUUAUACAACUUGACAGCCCUUGAGCUUUUAUAAUAAAUGUCCCCAUGCAAACUGCAUUUUCUGUUUUAUAAUUUCAUUAGGUACGGUGAGCUAAUAGAUAAUUUAUUCUUGUGAUGGCACUCUUUUCUCAAACUCGUCAACAGGUUUUUCAGGCUUUGCUAUGGAAAUUUCGGAUGUUCUGGCCCGUUUCAAGAUGCCAACAACUGUUUGCUAUGUCUUUCAGCAUCCCCAACAGGGAAAAGCUUAGCUAUUUCAGUUUUAUGACGUCUUCCAGCAGUGCAUUACCAGUGGAUCCCAAAGGACCUGCUGUCUUUUCUACUAAGAAAAGGUCUGAAAUUGAUUAUGAAGAAGAAAAAGGAUGGGAUGAGGACACUAAAGAAAUAUCUGAUGGGAAACUCUACUUUUCUUCCUCUGUUGAAGCUCCGAAGAAACAGUUAAUGAGUCAAGUUCUGUCAAAGCAGAAGUUUGCCAAAGUACAGCCUCCAGAAAAGCCUUUGCAGGAUGAGGAAUGGAACAGGCUAAAGGAAGACUUUCAGUCACCCAAAAUAUUUGAAGAAGUGAUGCUUAACAGUAUGGUCAGAUGCAAUAGCCCCAUUGAUGUGGCUAAGUCUUUGCUGACCCAUGUAGCAAAGAGUAGUGGUGACAUUUCAUAUAGUUUGUUGCUCAAAUACUUGUCAUUGUGUGUCCAGCAGGGACAGACUUCAGAAAUUCAUGAUGUGUAUGAUAUAAUGAAAAUCAGAUUUAAAGUUUUAGAAAGUGGGGCUUACAACCUUCUCAUCAGGGGGCUGAGUGAUUCAGAGCAAUGGAAAAUGGCCUUGACUCUUUUGGAAGAAGUAAAAAAGACUAUGAUUCCCUCACGGAUAAACUAUGAGUCCUGUAUCAAAGCAGCCAGCCGUCACCAAGAAAUGGAACUUGCAUUUGAACUUUACCAUGAAAUGUUGGCUAAGGAUUUGGUCCCAACUUUGGAUGUCCUGCAGGCCUUUUUUGACUUCAGCAGGGGUAUGGAAGGUGCUGAGUUACAAAAAGAGCUGUUUGGCAUUCUCUUACGUUUGAGAAACAACCAAAUAUACCCUCACAAAACAUUUAUGGAGAGUAUAAAGCUGUGGUUUGAAAGUAUUCCAGGAGGGAACUGGAGAGGACACCUGACCAACAUUAAAGACAGCGGACAGUGCCCAGUUUGCAACCAUCAGUUGGAGGAUAUUGAGCUCACCGAAGAGGAGUAUAAUAAUCUCAGAGAAAAAUUAAUAAGUGACGUGAUACAUGGAACUGACCCUUUUAGAAAGACGAGCCCGCAGGAAUUUGAAGCCUUUCAAACAUUUGUGGAAAAACGACUUCCGUUUAAUAUUGUUAUUGAUGGACUCAAUGUUUCCCACACAAACCCCAGAAAGAUGCAAUGUCAAAAUCUACUUGAUGCUGUCAACUGCCUGGCAAAAGAGAAUGCCCGAUUGCUUGUGUUGGGCCGCAAACACAUGCUGGCUAACUCUUCAAACUGGAAAAGAAAAAUUAUGAAGGAGAUGCAGAAUAAGGCAGACUUCUUCUUUGCUGAAAAUAUCUCUGAAGAUGAUGCCUUCUUAUUAUAUGCCACUCUUCAAUCAGGCAAGCAUUGCAAGUUUGUUACUAGAGACUUCCUCCGGGAUCACAAGGCUUGUCUUUCCGACAGUCUGACACGUCAUCUGUUCCGUAAGUGGCAGCGGGGACACCAAAUAGUGUUUUCCUCUUCUGUAGAAGGAAAGCAUAUACAUUUUUCGGUAAGUUUUCUGCUGCAAUCAGAAAGCACACAGAGCAUAUUCAUUAAAUAUAUACAAUUUCAAACUCUGGAAGCAAAAAGAUUCCUGUUGGAGUCUAAGAAAUUAAUUUCUACCAAUGAGCUCAAAACUCCCAUGCCUACUGAAAAUUCACUGUAUUCACAAAACAUGAAAACUGUCAAAAAGACAAGAAAUGCUGCCUAAAUGUUUAAAAUGUAAAUGUAAAUGCAUGUUUGUGUAUACAAAUCUUUCCAUUGCUGUAAAACAUAAGUAACAAUUUUUUUUCAUUUAUUUUAAACUUUGAAAUACCUUAUUCUCCUCUUUAGGACUAUUAUAAAAUACCAUGCCUCUAAUUGUACUAUAGAAUUUCUUUCAUUUUGAUUUUAAAAAUGCAGGAAAAUACAGGUAUUUCAGUAUUGACUGUAAUGUUAACCUAACCUAUGUAUAAAGUUUCAUGAAGGAAAGCCCAGAACAGUCAGGUUUAUAGUCAGACGCAGAAACUACAGUCUUCCAACCAUACUAUCAUCUUAUACCAGAAUACUGUACUGUUAUUGUCUAGGAGACGUGUAUCCUUCUGAGCCAUGAACAGUACAUUAACAGGAGUGCAUCUGUUUUAAGGUUUUUCUACAGAAAAAUUCAUCACAUGAUAUUCCCUAUCAUGCAGUUUUUUGUUAUCUGGUCUGUCUGCAUUGUUAUUACCUCCUUAAAGGAAUACUGCACCUAUGCAGAUUAAUUUUCUUGCUGCUCUGGUUAAAACUGUAAAAUAAUAUUCAUCAUUACAGACCACAGAGGUACAGGCUUAUAAGAACAACAGCCUUUCAUUCAGUGUUGCUAUAUGAGUUUCUUUUUAUGGAACCAAAUACUGAAUGUAGGGUUACCUGAGUAACACAGCUUUAGCUGCACCUUGUUUCUUUAUUUUAUACCAAAGGGCUAGUAAUUUUCACAUCUUAAUCCCCAUAUGAGUGAUUUGGAUGAUUGACAUUCCCAGUCAUAUUCUGGAAGCUGUCACAGGAAAGCAGACUUCCAAGACUGUAGAUACACAGUGAUAGUAUGUUCUGAGAACCGUAACUGCCAACCAGUAAUGUUUCUUUUGUAUUUGUGUUAUAUAUGUUGAGUUAGUAUACCUAUGACAUAAUGGACCAGAAAAAUAGUUUCUAUUUUUUCAACUAGAUACUUUUGAAAGUGCUAGUGAUAAACCCUUUUCUUACAUCCUCCUCAGCACAGAGCAAGUCAGUUCUGUAAAAAGGUACACUGGAAGAACAAACACAAGAUGUUGUUAGUGUCAUUAUAUCCGACCAGUUCAAGCCUACAAACUCCACAUCCUGAGUUAAUUCCCAUGUGAUUUCAUUUAACUGAACAGAAAAACAGUGAUUUUGCUAUUUCUAGAAAUUGAAUUCAUUACGUUCAGAUCAUUAUUAUCUGGUGGAGAUUGAAGAGAGAAUUUUAACCAUUUAUAAUGACUCCUAGACCACAAAAUACUAGAAGAUGUUUUAGUUUUUCCUCCAGUAGUAAAAUUUAGAAUUUGUUUGAUGUAUAUAAAUAAAUGAGAGCUAUUAAAGGGAUUAAUCUAUGGAGUUUUCUAAGGUAAGUAUUGCAAGUUAUAGCUACUUAUAACUAGCAUUUUAGUAAUAUAUUGUGUAAAGUCUAAAAAAAAUGUUUUUAACUGUCUUUAUCGAACAGCCUGCUUUGUGUUAUGACUGUGUGGUACAGACUACAGGUGAUACAUGGCAUAUCCCCUAUAAAGACACUUUUGAGGAAAAAUACUCAUAUCAAGUACCAAGAAAAUG